UAAGAAGUAUGGAACCCAUGGUUACUUCAUGUCCUGCACAACUCUAAUUUCUUGCUUUCUUUCUCAAUCAGGAAACUACAAUGCACAGCUUCGCAGAAGUAGAACGCGAGGCUAUCACAGCGGUGUUCAGGAACAGCAACAGCUAUCCCACCCCAGUGUCGGCAGCUGUCAACCACGAGACAGACACUUCCGACGGGACCCGUUAUAUCUCAAUUUCCACGGUGUGGAGUCAGGUGGAACACACCAGGGCAACUCGUCUACCCUUCUCUCAGAACUGGACUCUACAGUGCGACCACAAGAGUGUGCUGCAGUGCCUUCCACCAUCGCCCUGCACACACACCAACAGAGAGUUGCUAAGCAGCUACUCGCCUUCAGGAACUUAUCGGGCUGUCAUCAGUCAGGCCUCAGGACGCCAGUAUCUGGAGGUAUGGUCCUGCAGUGGUCUGCAGACGAGCCUGGACCUCACGGCUCUGAACGUGCACGGGGCUGUGUAUGAGGAUGCUGCCCUUGCGUGUCUGGCCUGGACGGCGAGUGAGCGCCAGCUGCUCUACGUUGCUGAGAAGAAGAGGCCAGCCAAGGCAGAGACGUCAUCUUCAUCAUCAUCAUCGCCUCCGCCUGCGCCUCCGCCUCCAUUCUCCUCACCGGUCCGGCCAUCUCCAGCAGAGGCCUUCGAUGAUAAGAGUGUGUAUGUGGAGGACUGGGGAGAGGGCCUCACUGGUCGCAGCUCGUCUGUGCUGUGCGUAGCUGACCUGGACAAAGGUCAUGUGAUCAUCAUCAAGAGCGUCCCACAGCACACAAGCCCUGCCCAGGCUCUUUGGACUCCAGAUGGUGAAGGCGUGAUCUAUGUUGGGUUGUUUGAGGAUCCUUUCAGACUAGGACUGAAGUUCUGCUCCAAUCGCAGGUCCAGUUUGUAUCACCUAGAUUUGCAGGGUCAUCUCGAGAGCUUGGCAGACUGGCCGGCCGCUGGCCAGAGUGUGUCGUGUCCGCGCCUCAGUCCCGAUGGACGCUGGCUGGUGUACCUGAAGGGGGAGGUGUUUGGACCUCACCACCAGUGCCUCAGCCUCCAGCAGUAUGACUGGCAGACCAAGAAGACCUCUGUGCUGCUGGAUGUUGUGAAGAGGCCAAAGCCAGGAGAAUUUGCGGGAAUCUAUGAGGCUUUGCCAUCACGCUGCUGGUCCUCAGACAGCCAGAGGAUUAUAUUCAGCAGUGCUCGUGGAAACUACAAGGAUCUCUUUGUGUUGGACAUAAUAACCAAAAGAGUGACUCGGCUCUCAGACACCUCUGAGUUUGGUUGUUGGAAGCUGCUGCUGGUACAUAAGGACCUGCUGGUGGUCAGCUGUUCCGCCCCUAACCGUCCCCCACGCCUGAGGGUGGGUUUCCUGCCUCCUGCAGGUGGAGAGGCGGGGAUCUCCUGGGUGACCCUGAAUGACCCCUCGCUGAACUGUGAGCUGGAGUGGCGGGCGCCUGAGCUCAGUCCUGCUCCCCAGGAGGAGAACCUCCAGUUCUCGGGCCUGCGGAUUGGAGUGCUGCUGGUGAAGAGGGUCGUUCGUGAUCGCUCAAAGCUACCUUUGGUCGUCUUCAUUCAUGGCGGUCCACACUCUCAGUUCUGUGCCGAGUGGAUCCCCAGCGUAGCAGCUUUGGCCAAUCUGGGCUACGCUGUGCUUAUGGUGAACUACCGUGGCUCCACUGGCUUUGGGCAAGAUAGCAUCCUCUCUCUGACUGGGAACAUCGGUUGCCAGGAUGUCAAGGAUGUACAGAGGGCCGUUCUGUAUGCGCUGCAGGAUGACGUGACCCUUGACCCCCAGCGGGUUGUGGUGAUGGGCGGGUCACACGGUGGCUUUCUGGCCUGUCACCUCGUCGGUCAGUACCCAGACUUCUACAAAGCGUGCGCAGCCCGCAACCCUGUCAUCAACGCUGCCACUCUUGUUGGCACCAGCGACAUAGUGGACUGGCGAUACUCCUCUAUGGGACUGAAGUACUCAUUUGGGCAGGUCCCCACUUCAGAGGCACUGAGCCUCAUGCUGGAGAGAUCACCCAUCAUACAUGCAGAACAGAUCCGUGCACCUGUGUUGCUGAUGUUGGGGGCUAAAGACAGGAGAGUGUCCCCCCACCAGGGCCUGGAGCUCUACAGAGCGCUGAAAAGCAGGAACUCCCCCGUCAGGCUGCUGUGGUUUGUGGAGGAUGGCCACUCUCUUGGGAGUGUGGAAACUCAGGCAGACUGCUUCAUCAACAUUGUGUUAUGGUUCCAGCAAGCUUUGAAAUCGAAGCGACAUUGAGGCAGCACAAACACACACACACACACACACACUCACACGUACACACACACACACACACACUCUCUCUCUCACACACUCCCUCUCUCCUCCUUUCUUAAGCUCCUUCAGUGACAAUACUGUGUUUUAUAGCAAUGUUUUGCAAUGGUUAUGAGACUCAUAAAGCACUCUGAGACGUGG